GUACUUAAACACCAAAAGAAUCGAAAACCCCCCAAACUCUAAAACCCUUCCUUUCCUGUCCGUUAAUAUAUCUCGAGCCGCCUCUCUCCUCCGUCUCCCUUAGUUUCUCUCUCCUCGGAAAAAUCAUGGACAAAAACCUCCUCGCCAACAGAGUAGCCGCCGCGUCGGAUAAGGUGCUUGCUGAAGUGGUGAAGUUAACUCAAAAGCAAGGAAAGAGAGGUAGUCAAGGAAGCUGGAAGCAGUUUUUAAAUGUUUAUGAGAAGAAGUUUGGGUCUGGCUUUAGUGAUCCGGCGAGAAGGUCACGCGAUUCACUCGUUGCGUUUCUUCAAACUUUUACUGAUGAAGAUGGCUUGAAGUUUGUUGAUAAUGUGCUUCGGUCGCUUUCGAACUGUGAGAUGUUGAAAGAAACUAUGAAAGAAUCUCUGGAAAAUGAAUCACCUGAACAGAGGCUGGUUCGUUCAACUCUUGAACAUCCACUUUACCUGUCAAAGUAUGCACUUCCAUCGUAUGAGAAGCAGGGAUGGGCAGUAACGAAGGUCCGGAAAAAGCCCAAGCUGCUAAGAUGUAAUAAAAUGCUUGCUGUUGAUUGUGAGAUGGUUCUCUGUAAAGAUGGUACCGAUGCUUUAGUGAGGGUGUGUGUGGUGGAUGCAGAUUUAAAGGUAAAACUUGAUGAAUUAGUGAAUCCAUGCAAACCAGUUGAAGAUUAUAGAACUGAGAUUACUGGAGUUACUGCUGAAGUUUUGGAUGGAGCGUCUUGUUCAUUUGCAGAUAUACAGAUAUCCAUGAAGAAGUUAUUAUCGAGGGGAACUAUUUUAGUGGGCCAUAGUUUAUAUAAUGACCUAGAAGCACUAAAGUUAGACCAUGCAAGAGUGAUUGAUACGUCAUUUAUUUUCAAAAGUUCAGAUGGACUAUCACCUUCCUUAAAUAAUUUGUGUAAGUCUGUGCUGGGCUAUGAACUUCGCAAAGCAGGUGAUCCACACAACUGCUUAGAUGAUGCAUGUGCUGCAAUGAAACUUGUUCUUGCUAAGAUCGAGCGUGGAGUUGAUAAUUACAUUCCAUUGAUUCAAUCAGAUGUGAAGGAUGUAAGUUACAAUGUUCCAGAAAUAGAAAUGGCAAAGCUACUUCUCCACAAAAUACCGGUUACUGUCCCCCCAGAAAAAUUACGUGGACUGUUCCCCGCAAACUAUACAAUUGAAAUCAAGACACAUAAAGUGAUUAAGGGAGUGGGAUAUUCUGUGCUUGCCAUCUUUAAGAAUCCAGAAGAGGCAUGCCAAGCAUUUGAAAAUUUGAUUGGCAGCCUAGAAAAGGACACGUCUGGCCGGCCGCAGAAAUUAGUAGCACUUAAACUUGACACAGGAGGAUCUGCUGGCAUACGGGUUCGCAAAAUGACACAUGAUAGCCAUGUUUCACAGAAAAAGAGAUCUUUUGAGGGUGAGGAUUCAAGCGAUCCCAAGAAACCGAAGAUAGACCAAUGUGAGGAUCACGUGAAAGAGAUUGAAAGAUUGAAGCAAGAACUGAAGAAACAGGAGUUAAAUCAGGGUGAUGACCACUUGAAAGAGAUUGAAAGACUGAAGCAAGAAAUAAAAACAAAGGAUUUUGAAAUCACCGCCCAGGAUAAGAUCAUAACCGAACUGAAAAGGAAAUUGGAAGAAAUGAAAAAGAAAAAGAACAAGGAACGCUAAGAAUUGCCAGUUGCAUUUUUAAGUCUGUUGCAGCUCACGAGGUAGUUAAUCAACCAUGCUUACUAUUGACAAGGCUGCUAAAGAGAAUAGAUUACCAGGGCAAAAGAAAUGCGAUUGAGAAAUCCUGGAUUUUGCAGGGGCCUAAGGUAGAUGUCACCAAGGCGGAUGUUUCUACCGUUUUUUAUUUUUGCAAUUUCCUUUUAGAUUUGGUU